AUGUUUGAUUUCGGAUUUCAUGAUUGGUACAAUCCUCAGUAACUAAGAUGCAGGGGACUUAUUCAUUAUGGAAAUAGAUUUGAGAAGCUUGAAAAUUUGUAUUUCAUUCCUCUUACUAAUCCUGAUGGAGAUUAACUUCAUAUAUUAUGUGAGAAAUGUAGUAAAACCGAGCGAACUUAAAGAAUUAGUGUACAAUCGACAUACACUUUUGCAAUAUCGUGGUUUAAGCAAUUUGAAUUACAUUAUUUGGGGUAUUUGACCAAUAAUACUUUACUCACAAAAAGGUAAGAAAAUGAAAUUUAAAAGAGAGAAUUCUAGGAGAAGUUAUUAUUAUUGUCAUCUUGUAUCAAUGACUUAAAUCAUAACAAAAUCGACUCCUUUUUAUAAACUGUAUGGAAUUCUAAAAUGAUCUAAAAUAAAAUAAUUGACCAAUCUUAUGAACAAUAAGCAUUUUUGGCUUAUGUAAAAUAGCAAAGCAAUCAACUGUUCGCUUUGGCUUCCAGACACUUUUAUAAUAUCUUUCUAAAAGCAGAUGCCAAACUCAAAAGUUAAGAUGAGAGUGCUAUUGUACAAAUUGAAGUUUCAAAAGACUUCGUAAUUUUAUUGGAAAAUUCUUUACUAGUUAAUAAACAAUCAAUAAUUUCUGUCUAUCUCUAUCCCAGUUUAGAGUAUGUUGAUUCCACUAAGCAUGAAAACUUAAAUGUUAAAGAAAUAGUGAUAAAAACAAGUGUGUUAUCUAAUCUAUUAGUAAUUCAACACAAAAAUUAAUUGAGGGUAAAUGAGAUUUCUGUUAAAACUGGAAAAAAAGAGGAAUACACACUUUAAUUUCUUCUUAAUUAUUAAUAUCGUCACAAUUGUGAAAUUAUAGACUCUAUUAUAGAGGAUAAUAGAAUAAUCUUUAUUGAUCAAACCUAUAAACUAUUUGCUUUAAAUCCCUAAACGAAAGAAAUUUAAUUCCUAACUAAGAAGCUGUAAGGUCUUUAAAAGGCUAAUUAAACACUGGUGGCUCUCUUUCAUUUUUAUAAAGAGCUUCUGAUUAUUGAAUUAUGCAAUAAAGUACUUACUAUGUCAUUAAAAAAUUGUAAAUUCUAGAAAUCUAGUUAAAUUGUAGAAGAAAAAACUUUGGCUGUGUCUCAUUUUUGUAAGUCUAACAAGAUCAAGUACUAGGUUCUACAAAAAUAUGAAAAUACUGAAGGCAUUUUUAAAAAUGAGAUAGUGGCAUGUAGUUUUUAAUGCAAUAAACAAUUGAGAAGAUUAAAAUUAAGAAAUUCUACAAAGCAAGGCAAUAUCAAGUUGUCACUAAAAAAGGACUUAAGAACUUUAAUUCUGCUAUCUAAUGAAUACAUUUCAGUGUAUGAUAUGUAGAAGGGUGUUCUGGUAUUUUGCUUGCCAUUUGCUUAAAAGUUUAAUGCUAACAAUUACGAUUUUUAGGGGUACUUUUUAGUUCAAAAUUAAGAGAGUAGGGCUUUGAUUUGGAAAUAAGAAAAACUAUUUGAAAGAGACAUUAGAUUAUUUUUCAAAAGACUUUGA